GGCCAUUAAACAGGUACAGAAGAAGACUUCCAGGGUUGUGUUUUGUUUUCGGAAGCGUUUGUUGCAGUGCAGAAAUUCGAGACAUAAAUGCGGAAAUAAAUGGAAAGUUUUUAUUUUAUUUGAUAUAUAAGGAUAUGUGUUCUGUAACCUAACUACAAAGUUUACCGCAUGCGGGGGAAAAAAAAAAACAGGCAACAAUUAUUCAGCACGGGUUAUCGCUACAAAGUGCACCAGCCGAUGGUGGUCUUUUUUUUUCUGUCUUUUCUGGUCUCAUUGGAGCAGGUUUUUUUUUUUAAUAUAUCUUGUCUCGAAGUCCUUUCCGUGGUUUUCGCCAGGAGAGGAUGAACUGGCUUUUCCCCCAUUCCAAAGGUUCCGGACCGCUCCCUCCACUCAGCAGCCUCCAGCAGCAACGACAGCGGCAGAUCGACUCACUCAAAGCGGCUCAUCCGAGCCUAGCGGAGAUCCAAAAGGAUGUGGAGUACAGGAUACCAUUCUCAGUCAACAACUCCACAAUUAGUGUUAACAUUUUGCUGCCUCCUCAGUUUCCUCAGGAGAAACCGGUUGUUAGCGUCCACCCUCCUGUUGGUCAUCACAUAGUUGACAGCAAUAAUGGCACAAUGGUUACUAGCCCACUCAUCACUAAUUUUGGGAUGCACUCAGACCUGGGUAAGGUUGUGCAGAGUCUGUUGGAUGAGUUCUGGAAGAGUCCACCUGCCUUGAUGUCUACAGGCCCUGCUGGCUUUCCCUACAGUAUGUACAAGCCAUCGGGCAUUGCUCCUUACACCACCCAGAGUUUCCACUAUGGUCCUCACCAUGUGGGCCCAAGCCAGACUCCACCUUCAGCUCAGACACCAGCAACCAUGCCUCAUCCAGGGGUGGAGAGCAGCCAUGGGCUUCCUCGAGCUCCAACUCCAUAUGGACUGAUUACUGACCUCCCACUGCCUGUACUGACUGGAGACUCACCGGUUGGACUUAACGGACAUGUGUACAAGAUGCCUGAGAUCCCUGAAACUUUUCCUGAGCUCUGUGACAUGAAUCUUCCACAGCUGACUGAUAUGUCAGAAAAUGAAGAUAUGUUAUUGGAGUUCUUUGUGAGUUUGCCCCAACUCAAACAGAUUGCCAAUGAUAAAGAUGAACUUGUCAACAAUAUAGUGGGCAUGGCUAAGAAAAACCUUCAGAUGGAGCCACAACUGGAAGGAAAACGACAAGAAAUGCUCUACAAGUAUGAGCAUCUGAUGCAGAUGAAGUCGGCUUUUGAGACAAAGUUGCAGAGACAGCAUGAACUAAGUGAGAGUUGUAGUCUCAGUACUCUACAGGCUCGGCUCAAAGUUGCAGCCCAUCAGGCUGAGGAGGAAUCAGAGGAGACAGCUGAAAAUUUCCUGGAAGGACGCACUGAUAUAGAUGACUUCUUGGCCAGCUUCAUGGAGAAGAGAAUGCUUUGCCAUAGUAGAAGGGCCAAAGAGGAGAAGCUGCAACAGUCCACCAGCGCACAUGGACAGUUUACUCCCACCCUCUAGAACACAAGGUUUGGUGUAUCCUCAGCCAGCUGCUGCCAGUUGUAAGGUUAAUUCAUUAGACUGGAUGAAAAGCACACAGAGUCAACAGUGGACACUUUGGAGAAGUAGUGAGACAGUGAUGACUGGCUAAAAAGAGAAGACCUUUAUGCCAAGAUCUGGUGACAAAAAAUCUGUGAACCUGGAUUGUGGGAAGAAUCUGUUGAGUCGUCACAAAAAUUCAGAACUCAGAAAAACAGGUUUCACUUUUUCAACAGUUGCUGGAGGAGGACUGUUCAUGUCAUGGAUAACUUGUCAUGCACUUGCCUGUUGUCCAGUAUUGACUUGAGAGUGAUCACAACAUCCACUCUUUUUUUUCUCUUUAUAAUUCCCCUAUUUUGCUCAAUUAGAGCAAGUAUUGCACCUGACUAGAGAUGUAAAAUGUUUGGAAGGUAAUAGGACAGUAUUUCCACAUUUGCAGAUAUUUGUCAAUGUAGUGUGCAGAUAAAUGUCACUCCAAAUGUGUAACUGCAGGUGUCUACAUUAGAGUCCAACCAAUAUGUAGUUUUUGGGGGCUGAUGUGAUACAGAUAUUGGAGAGUAAAAAAAUGAUGGCACCAAUAUAUCUGCCAUCAAAACCUUGUGACAAAGAAGUGUAAUUGAACCUUAAUAUUAUACAGUUUAAACAAGAAUUUCAUUAUAAAUAGCUAUAAAUUUAACCAACAACCAACCAACUUAUGUCAUGCUGGCUUCACUCAGUUUGGCAGUUUUCAUGUUGCAUCCCUCAGUAUUUACAUAAAAUAGGCUUCUCUUCUAUUUUGGCCGUGCCUAGCAGGCGGUAUAGUGACUACUUGUCUCUUGGUGCUGUAAAACACCCACUCUGAUUAGAAAAUGAAUGGCAGCUGGUCACUUUCCCCCUGCCUCUUGUCGUUAAUGGAAUCAAGAGGUGAUUGGGGUUCCUGCCAUACUUGAUGGCAUUAUAAACCAGUGCCAUCUGGUCGCCCUCUACUGGACAAAGUAAUGAUGCCACUUCCAACAGCCAAAGUGCUAUUCUGCUUUAUUUGGAAAAAUAAAAUUUCAUAUCCAUAAAAAAUAACAGAUGGCAAUAUGUUCUUUGAAGGCUCAUAUUGGCCGAUAUUAUCAGCCAACAGCUAUAUUGGUCGCACUGUAUUCUACAUUUGUAGCUAUUGUUUCUGACAUGAGGACCGAGUCCUUGCCUGAAAGUUCACACUAACACGUAGAUGGAAAGAAAUAAUUAUGAAAGCAGUGGUAGUCAGUAAUUGAGCAGAUGUAUAUUUAUAUACAAAAAUAUCUUCACUGCACGUGAAAUUUGUUUCCCUUCAAAGUUGAAGACAAGUGAAUUGUUGAUUCAUCAUGUCUUGCUAAUUCUGAUGAAAGUUACAGGUGGCCGGAUCAUAUCCCAGCAUAAAAAGGAUGCAGAUGAGGUCCCCAUUCAUACCCACAUACAACUUAGCUUCCAGUUCACCAAAUCUGCAGGGGUUUUUUUCUUCCAGAAAGGACUAACCAGUCAGUGGAGUUGAACAGAAUCUGUGAGGCAUGAAGAAUGUAUCCACAGUGCCACCCAUGAAGUGAAUUAUCUAAAUCGACAUCUAUUCUAGAAUUGUCAAAUGAUAAUACAUCGUGACUAUCUAUCCAAAGAAUUGAUGAUGUGGGAAUGUACCCAAAAGCAAGCCCAGGGUGGUGGUGGUGUCAGUUUAGGCUGUUAAAAUGUCAGCUGUGCAAAUCAGUCUACUUGGGGGGGGAAAAAAUGACUGUGACAUGGUGAUCCUGCCCUUCUUUAGACAGUCUUGGUAUCAGUGUGUUUGCAUUUGCAUUAAUAAUUCAUUCAGUCACAUUGAAGAAGCAGUGUUCUGGUUGUCACAACACUGACCGAGUUACAUGGUGUAUGUUGUGAAAAAUGUCAAAAUAGUCUUUCUAGCUCAUAAAAUUAAAAAAAUGUUACAAUGAAUAGAUGCAAAGCAGUCCCUCCAAUCAAAUCUCUUUUUAGUUGGCUGAAUGAUUGAAUUCCCUCCAUAUUGCUUAUGUAUUUGCACCCUUUCAGACAUCAGCUACCAAAUUGUACAAACUCACAUUGUUGGGGAAUCAGUACAAUAAACCAAGUUAGCAGUUUAAUCGCACUAAUAAUUUUUAUGAUUGAAUUAUUUAUGUGUGUGUAAACACACUGAUGAGCACCAUGAUGGUAAAGUAUUUUUUGAUACUUUAAUUUGAAAUUUGUGGUAAAAUGGGAGGAUGCUGUAGGAAGUUUGGUAAAAUACUGCAUUAAAGCUGAAGUGAUGAUUGAAUACUGUAUUUCGAUAAUGUUAAUAAUGUUGUAAUCAGAAGAUUGGACACCUUGUAUAUGGUCUUAUUUAAUUUGUUAGUGUAAUAAAUAAUUUAGAACCA